AUGCUCCCGGUCAGCGUCGGCGUCGCGCUCGCCGCCGCCUCCACGUUGCGCUGGUCCUCGCUCGCCGUCGAGGCUGACGGGCAGCCGCUCCUGCAGCCGAUGCACAUUGAGGCUUCGCCCGGCCGGCUGCUCGGCAUUCUGGGCCCUUCGGGCGCGGGCAAGAGCACGCUGCUCGGGGCGCUCGCCGGCCGUGCGCGGCCGCGGCUGCGCGUCUCGGGCUCUCGCGACGCAGCGGUCCCGCCGGGCGGCGAGGUCGGCGUGCUCGACCAGUCGGACGCCUUCUUCGGCCUGCUGACGGUGCGAGAGACGCUGGAGCUCACCGCGAGUCUGGAGGGGGCGGAGGCCGAAGAGGUCGACCUCCUCCUCGCCUCGCUCGGUAUCGCGCCCGUGCAGCACUCGCGGGUCGGCGAUUCGCUGCGCCGCGGCAUCAGCGGCGGGGAGAAGCGGCGCCUCUCCCUCGGCUGCGCGCUGCUUGCGCACCCGCCGCUGCUCAUCGCCGACGAGCCGACCACCGGACUUGACUCGCACCAGGCCGCGCGCGCCGUGCGGCUGCUUCGCGAGGCGGCGGCCUCGCGCGGCAUCCCCGCCGUCGCCACGCUGCACCAGCCCCGCUCGAGCAUCUGGGCGACAACGGCGGCGCCCUCCUCCUCCCAGGCACGGCUCGUCUUCCUCGGCGAGAGAGAGGCGGCACUCGGCCACUUUGCGCGACUCGGCUACACCCGCCACCCCUGCCCGCACCACGUCAACCCGGCGGAGUUCCUCAUCGACCUCGUCUCGGUCGACCACGACUCGCCCGCCGCCGCAGCCGCCGACGAGGCGCGCAUCGACGCGCUCGCUCGCGCGCAGAACUGGCGCGAUCGGUGGGUGAACGGGCUGCGGCUCUGCGUGUCUGGAGGGCUUGCCCUCGUCUUUGGCGAGAUCUUCGGCCGCUUCGGCGCCGCCGAGUACUUGCUCGCAAAGAUGGCGACCGAGCUCCCCCUCGACGCAGCCUUCGCCGGCGGCUUCGGCCUCCUCCUCCACUGGCGCAUCGGGCUGCGGCUGCCGCGCACGACGCUCGUCGGCACCGCACCGCACCUCGUAUCGCCCACGAGAGCCACCACCCCCUGCACCCUCAGCCUGGCCGCCGCCACGUGCGCUGCGCUGGGGCUCGCCAUCGGGGCUCUCGCCCCCUCGGCCGACUUGGCGCUCGCUGCGGGCAUCCCGGUGCUCGGCAUUCUCAACCCCGCCGGCACGGCAGAGACCAAGCCCCCUUCGGCCGCCGUCUCGCUCGCCUCGCACGCGUCGCCGAUCAAGCGCUCGCUCAAGGAGGCGCCCCGCAUGGGAGGCCUCGCGCUCGUCCGCUCCGGCGACGAGGUGCUCGAGCGGCUUGGCCUGAGCGGCUCCAGCUGCCGGCAGUGCUGCGGCCGACUCGGGCGGCUGCUUGCCGCGGAGCUCGCUCUCGCGUACGUCGGCUUGCGGCUGCAACGACCCAAGUACACCAGCAUGGCUCAAGCCAGAGCGGAGGAGGAGCGAGAGAGAGGUGGAGUGGAUGGGGCGUAG